UCAACGAGCCACUUUUAAUGACGUUUCUACAAGCGCUUCAGGGAUCCUGUUUCAAAAAUUCUGCCAUCUAACUUUCUGCCACUAGAAAAACAAUCUGUCAAUACAUACGACAAAAAGCUCAACAACUGAAUUGCAGGUAUUCGACGUGGACAAAAAAAUAAAAUGUCUUCCAUCCAUCGAGACUGUGUCUAUGACACUGGGUAUAUGGUAUAAAUAAAAAAGGUACAAACAUGGCACAAUGAAAUGUUGCCAAGCUUGACAAACACAGAGUCCUUCAAAACAAUUAACGUAAUUGCAGUUGAGUAACAGUUUAUUGUUUCCAAGCAUGUGCUGAUUCGUAGGGCCAAUCAGUUGACAAACAAGGAAAUCCGGCCAGACACAGAGGCAAUUCUGGGGAGGAAAUCCGUUUUUGUUCCCCCUCUCAGUAAAGGAUGUUUUCCUGCAGUCAUUUUCCUGAAAUCCAUAGCAAUGACGGUCUCCUGUCCCUGGGCUGCCCGGGGGCCCGGCCUCCCCCUGACGCACGGGACCCCGUUUGACCUCCCAGUCAUGAGCCUGCGGGCUCCGGCGCUGGUGGGUUUGUGGGCUUCAGCCGCCAGCCGCUCCGAGAUCAACAUGCGUCUCCUUCUUCUUCUUAUUUUGGGAUUGGUCAUGUCGUUCAGCGAGGAGCUCGAGCAGGACCCGAACCCCCCGAACCGCUGCGACGAGCAUCGAGCCAUUAGCGCAGUUACACCAUGCACUUCCUGUGCCGCCUCCCCAGCCAUGACCUGCCCCAGGGGCUUCAGGAACACCAGCGGGGACAUCGGGGACAGGGGCUGCAGUUACACUGUGAGCAUCGGGGGGCGCCUGCGGGUCCUACCCGGCUGCCGGCACACCUGUGAGAAGAGGGUGUCAGAGCUCAGAUGCUGCCCCAACUUCUGGGGGCCUCUCUGUCUGCCAUGCCCCAGCUGGUCAGGUGAAGCGUGUAAUGGGCAUGGCAGCUGCAUGGAUGGAGCCGCAGGAAACGGCACAUGCGUCUGUGAUGAAGGAUUCAGUGGAUUGGCCUGUCAAGACUGUCAGAAGAGCAGUGCUUACGGGGAGCACUGUGAUUCAGAGUGCAGUUGUGUCCAUGGACAGUGUAACAAGGGGCCGAGAGGGAACGGGGAAUGUUACUGCCAGCCCCCAUACACAGGAUCAAGAUGCGACACAGUUACUGAAUCCUGCUCAAACUGUCCCACUAACUCUUACUGCAAAGGGAAUGGCAGCAACGCAGUGUGUGAGUGUCUUCCUGGCUUUAAGACGAAUGGGAGCAUUUGCGCAGGUAUUUGUGUCCGCGACACAUGCGCUGAGAAUGCGGAUUGCACCUACCUGGGUGGGAGGGGCCCCCAGUGCAAAUGCAAAGUGGGCUACGAAGGAGACGGCAAAGUCUGCCUGCCGGUCAAUCCCUGCUCCGUGGACCACGGAGACUGCCCCGCCAACUCCACCACAUGUGUCUACGUUAGCCCAGGAAAGUCCCGCUGCGCCUGUAAGGGCACAAUGGGAGGGUCCUCACCUUCAGAGGGGUGUGCCCCAAGAUCUGCCUGCACAGAUAUGACGUGUGACAGGGGCGCACGCUGCGAGACAGGCCCCGACGAGCUGCCCAGCUGCACUUGCGGCGCUCACCAGGUCGGCGAUGGGAGGCGCUGUUUUGGGAGCAUCAUGGAAAGGGUCCUGGAGCUGGACAGGAGUGGGAGGCAGAAUGGAGAAAUCACGGGAUCCGUGACUCUUUUUGAAAAGGGCUGCCAGAUUACACUUAGCAAACACGGUCCGUUUACUGCCUUCGUCCCACUGCUGAGAGCAGCACCCACAGGAGUCUCAGAGAGUUCCUUCUGCAGACACCACCUCAUCCUCGGGCAGCAUCUCCUUAGAGAUCUGCAGGGCAACAAUUUCUGGACCUUUGGAGGAGAUGCCGUCAGGUUCAAGGAAGACAAGCAAUUCUGCCUCAUCCGUGACCCGGACAUCUUGUACUCGAUAAUCCAGAGUGACAUUCCUGCAUCCAAUGGCAUUAUCCAUAUCAUUGACACGCCAAUCACAAACACUCACUCAGAUGUCACUUCUGUUCAUAAGCAGCUUGCAAAUGAAACCGUCGGGGAAAUUAUUGCUCAGGAUCCAAGAUUCAGCCGAUUCCGCUCACUGCUAGACAGCUGCAGUCUUCCCGUGUCUUUGCGGAGUGCUGGUCCCCUCACGGUGUUCGCGCCCACAAAUGAGGCCCUGGACCUCUUUCAGGACGGCACUGUAACAUACAUGAUCACCCAUGCGCAGCACAAGCUACAGGAGCUCCUGAAACACCACAUCUUCUCUGCAGCGGCAUCGGUUGCAUUAGACCAGCUGGCCAGCAUGUCUGAAUUAGAAACGAUGGCCAAUCAGAUCAUAAGGGUUAAUGUCACCAAUGACGGAAGGAUGUUGCUUGGAGACAAAGAAGUGAUAUUAGGAAGCAGCAGUAUCAUAGCAUCCAAUGGGAUCGUCCAUCUGAUUAAUGGUGUUCUUGUCCCGCCCUCCAUUGAGCCCAUCUUGCCCAAGCGGUGUGACGUCACUGAGAGCAUAAUCACCACGGGUCCAUGUGUGAGGUGUGACCAGCUGUCUGAGACCCACUGCCCAUCUGGAACCACAGAACUGAGGAGUCAUAUGGUGGAUUGUGAAUACCAGGCUUCUUCUUCAAGCUCUGCUUUGAGCGUCGGGGGCUGUGCUAAAUAUUGCAACCUGACCCGGAUGAGAGCCGAGUGCUGUAAGGGGUUCUAUGGACCGGACUGCAAGCCCUGCUCUGGAGGCUUCCAGGAGCCCUGCUACGGGAAAGGGACUUGCCUGGAUGGGAUUACGGGGAACGGGACCUGCAGCUGCAAGCCGGGCUUCAAGGGCACUGCGUGUCACAUCUGCGCAGACGAGGCCAAACACGGGGAGGAGUGUGAUGAGGAGUGCCGCUGUGUGCAUGGAGUCUGUGACAACAGGCCGGGCAGCACGGGGAUCUGCAGAAAAGGCUCUUGUCAGCAAGGAUUUUCCGGGGAGUUCUGCGAUAAGACGGUCAAGCCCUGCGACUCUGAUGGCACCUUCCAGAUCUGCUACAUUCACGCAGACUGUGAUUUCUCUGGGCUCCACCCAAUGUGCGUCUGCCGAGCAGGGUACGAAGGGGACGGACGCUCUUGCACCCCCAUAAACCUCUGCCUCAGUGCCAGCCGAGGGGGGUGUGAUAAAAAUGCCCAGUGCAUUUACGCAGGGCCUGCAAACGUCUCCUGUGUCUGCAACCAGGGCUGGACUGGAGAUGGGACGUACUGUGUGGAAGUUAAUAACUGUUUACUGGAAAGUCAUGGUGGUUGUCAUGGAAACGCCAGCUGCAUUUUUGUGGGCCCUGGGGAGCACGAAUGCAUCUGUAACAGAGGUUACCAGGGCGAUGGCAUAUCCUGUGACAUCAUCAACCCCUGUUUGAUUGACAACGGAGGCUGCCACAUGCUGGCUUCUUGUGAGCUGCGGGAAGGUGGAACGUACAUGUGUGUCUGUCCAGCUGGCUACAGUGGAGAUGGGACUAUGUGUUACGGCAGCAUAUUAAUUGAGCUGGAUGCAAAUUCAGACUUUUAUCAGUUUAAUGACUUCAUCAAGAAAUCCUCUCCAUUGAACCUUAAAGGCAAUGUAACAGCACUGGUGCCAUCAAAAGAUGCCUUCAACAAUCUAAAUGAUAAUGAAAUGAAGUUUUGGAAUGACCCUUACAGGCUUCCGUAUUUACUUAAGGUGCACUUUUUAGAAGGUGCUUUUUCAUAUGAGGACCUGAAGAAGCAUGUAAAUAAGGAUCUGGCAACCCUCAACCCUCAAACUAAAUGGGGAAUAAAGGACCAAAACGGGGAGGUCAUGGUACAGAACGCAACCAUCAUCAUCCCAGACAUCCCCGCUACGAAUGGAUACAUCCAUGUCAUUGAUAAGGUUCUGACGCCACGGCUCUCAGACCUGCCCCAGGCACCCCCCACGUUGAUGGAGCUACUGAACCAAACUCCAGCUUUCAGUCUUUUCAGGCAGGCCACACUGCUGUACAAUCUGACAGACAUCAUCCAGUCACAGAAAUAUACUCUCUUCGUCCCACUUGAUGAUGCCAUCAGGAAACAUAUGAGUGAGACGAAUUCUACAGGACUGGAUGAAGGUGCCUUCAAGUAUCACAUCAUUGUCAGUGAACGGCUGUAUCCCGAUGACCUCAGGAACGGGACGGUGAAGAGCACGCUCCUAGGCCCCGCCCACCAGAUCAUGUUUCAUACUAACCAUCAGAACGAGAUAUUUGCUAAUGAAGUCGCCCUAGAUGGAAACUUCACUGUAACCAAGAAUGGGGCUGUGUUUGGUAUUUCCCAGCUCUUUGAAAUUCACAAGAAUCGCUGUAUCAAAGAUGCGAUGAUAAAAAUCAGAGGGAAAUGUGGAUCCUGUGAAAUGUCCCCAAGAUGUCCACGUAACUCCAUUCCUGUGACCCUUGCAUUCCCAUCUAACAUGGAACCGAACUGCAAUUACGGGAAACAAGUGAAAUCUGUAUCGGGCUGCAUGACGGACUGCUUCAGAAAGGAAAAGGACCACUCCUGCUGCCCGGGGUAUUUUGGGCACGGCUGCUUCAAAUGCCCUGGAAAGCUGGGUAACUGGUGCUCGGGUAACGGGCGGUGCCAGGAUGGCACCUUUGGCAGCGGGGACUGUCUGUGUAACGAGGGCUUCCAUGGGACGGCCUGCGAAACCUGCGACCCCGGGAGAUACGGCAAGGACUGCAAGUCGGUGUGUAACUGUGGAAAUGGCAAGUGUACUGACGGCCUGGAUGGAGAUGGAAGGUGCCUUUGCUACAAGGGCUGGAAGGGCGUGAACUGCUCUGUGGAGAUAGCGUCGGACGCCUGCGGGGGUGUCUGUGAUGACAAUGCCAACUGCAUCACCGACGGUCCGACAUUCCCUCCCACAUGCUCCUGUAUGGCUGGUUACCAGGGCAACGGAACCUCCUGUCAAGAGAUUGACCCCUGUGUGGAGAGCAACGGCGGAUGCUCGGCACAUGCAAGCUGCGUGAAGACCCUGCCAGGGGAGCGGACCUGCAGCUGCCUGGAUGGCUACAAAGGGGACGGGGUCGUGUGUCUGGAAAUUGACGGCUGUCUGGAGAACAAUGGGGGUUGUCACACAAAUGCAGACUGCCUCAAAACUGGGCCGAACCAGGUUGCAUGUAACUGCAUGACUGGUUAUUCUGGAGAUGGACACCAGUGUGAGCCAAUAAACGAAUGCAAGAUGAACAAUGGUGGCUGCAGCCCAAAUGCCGGCUGCACAUACACCGGACCCGGUGAGAGGGCAUGCGCCUGCCAGAGAGGCUUCGUAGGUGACGGCCUGACCUGCAGAGGCUCCCUCAUCUACGAGGUCCGACGUCACCCCCAAGCCUCCUGGUUGAACAAAAGGCUGGAGGAUAUGAGGAUUGGCGAUUUAAAGCAAAAAGGCCCUUUCACAUUAUUUGUCCCACAUGUGGAUUAUAUUCAAAACUUUACGGUCGAGCCCUGGAUAAACAGUAGUAACCUUGACGACCUAUUGAGGUACCAUAUGAUUGGCUGUAAGCAGCUUCUCCAGUCCGACCUCCAGUCUGCGAGUGAGGUGGUCACGCUUUCUGGAUAUCGACUACGCAUCAGUGUCCGAGAGGGCUCCUUGUACAUAAAUGAGGACACGAAAAUAGUGAACAGCGACUACAUCACCACCACUGGGGUUCUACAUUUCAUCGACAAGGUUCUCACCCCAUAUGACAUCGGGAACAAAAGCAGAGGCCUACCUGAGACACUGAAUGUCACGGCGGCAGCAGAGGCCUAUGGUUACACCGUAUUCGGCAGGCUCCUCCAGGAGGCCGACCUGACCGCCAUGGUGCAGAACUCUUGGCACCAUCCCUUCACCAUGCUAUGGCCGAGGGAUGCCGCCUUCAGCGCCCUGCCGGAAGAGAGGAGGAGGUGGCUGUUCAGUGAGGAACAUCACGACAAGCUGGUGGCGACCGUCAAAGCGCACAUCAUCCGCGGAGCAAAGCUCCCGGCUGCAUCUUUGCCCAUGAAAGGCUCUUUAAGAACAAUUUUUGGCUCGACUAUCUCAUUCAGCUGUGACAGAAGAACAGUCGGGGAUAUUUUGGUAGAUGACGGAAAUGCCAGAGUCAUAGAGCGCCACCUGGACUUCAACGUGGGAAUCGCACAUGGCAUUGACCAGCUUCUGGAGCCGCCUGGUCUUGGAGCUCGCUGUGAUACUUUUAAAGAGAAAAAGAUUAACGGUCUAUGUUGGAUGUGCUGGACACGUCCCAGAUGUCCAUUCGGAUAUAGAUUUACUGGUGAAACCAAGCCAUGCUCUAUAGACAGGAUUAGCAUGAAACGCCGGCCUUCUCAUGAGGACUUCUUUAGGGCAUGGAGAUGCCAGCCUGUCUGUGUUAAAGUGCAGUGGGUCCCUCAGUGCUGCCAAAACCACUAUGGCAGAGACUGUCAAGUGUGUCCAGGGGGCCUGGAGGCACCGUGCAGUAACCAUGGAGUGUGCAGUGACCGCAUGCAAGGCCAGGGGACCUGUGUGUGCCACGCCGGCUUCACGGGAACUGCCUGCGAGCGCUGCCGGCCGAACUAUCACGGCGCCAACUGCACGCAGUGCAUGUGUUCCCCUAACGGCACAUGUGAGGAUGGCAUGGAGGGCGACGGCAGCUGUUUCUGUCAGGAGGGAUGGACGGGAGCCCGGUGUGAGGCAAAAUUAGAAACGGAGCCACUCUGCAGCCCCCCGUGUCACGCUAAUGCCGUCUGCCAAGACGGCAACACGUGCGAGUGCGAUCCGUCAUACGAGGGCGACGGCUGGAACUGCACAGCUCCUGAUCUCUGCGGCGACGAUAACGGAGGCUGCCACGAGCACGCGAGCUGCUCCCAGACCGGCGUAAACGUCACCUGCCUUUGCGAGGCUGGUUACACAGGGGACGGCUACGCCUGCUCGCCCAUCAACAGGUGCAUGGAGGAACCAAACGGGGGAUGCAGCGAUUUUGCCACCUGUUUGUAUGCGGGGCCCAAAAAGAGGGUGUGCCAGUGUCACCCGGGCUACGUGGGAGAUGGGAUCCAGUGUCUUCAGAAGGUGGUCCCCCCUGUUAGCCGUUGCUUAGAGGACAAUGGCGGCUGUGACCCAAAGGCUGAUUGCAAGGACUUGCAUUUUCACGGAAACACAGCUGGAGUGUUUCACCUGAGAUCACCACUGGGGGCGUACAAGCUGAACUACACGGAGGCUCAAGCUGCCUGCCGGGCUGAACAGGCCUCUCUGGCCACCUUCUCCCAGCUCUCAGACGCCCAGCAGCUUGGAAUGCACCUCUGCGUGGCAGGAUGGAUCGAAGGGCAACAAGCCGGCUACCCCACCAGAUUUCCAUCACCCAAAUGCGGAAACAAUCACGUUGGUGUCGUGAUGUACAAGAGUCCCGUGGCUCUGAACAGCACAUAUGAUGCUUACUGCUACAGAAUUCAAGAUGUCACUUGUGAUUGUGGACCUGGAUACAUCGGUGACGGCCUCUUCUGCCAUGGACACCUGGCAAGCGUUGUGGCAACCAACGACAAUUUCUCUGUGUUUUACUCUAUUCUGCUAAAUUAUGCCAACUCCUCCCCGGCAGCAGCGGCACUCUUGAAUUUAUUGUCGUCUCACUCAACAAACAUCACGCUAUUCAUCCCACAAAACGCUGGGUUCCACGUGAAUCAGACUUUGUCAUGGAGAGAUCUGGAAUACCACAUCUCUGCUAACAAUGGCGCCCACUUCUAUGAUGAUUUAGAGCAUGGAAUGCUGGUCCCUUCCCAGUUAGGUUACAAUCUUUCAGUUGCUGUAUCAUCACCAAACAGAACCCUGGACUCUGCCGCCCAACUUCCCGAGAAACAUGUGAAUGACAGGCUGAUUGUAGACUGGGAUAUUCCAGCAACCAAUGGGAUUAUCCAUGUUCUUGAGGGGCCACUGAAAGCUCCACCUCCACCAGUCCUGCCUGCAGAGAGCCCAAGCAAUGCUAUGUCACAUUCCCAUGCCGGGACUGUCAUUAAUGCUGUCCUCGCUGCAGCUGUGCUCGCUGCCUUCGGAGGCCUUGUGUAUUACUUAUACAAGAGAAAGAAUACUGGCUUCCAUUUUCGUCAUUUUCAGAAUGAGGAAGACCAGGGUGGCCCCAGCAGUACAGAGGCAAAGCCGACAUUAGUAUCCAUUCCAAACCCUCUAUACAGUGGCUCCAUGGCCUUUGCAGAACCUUUUGGUGAUUUUCCCAAUGCUGAUUCUUCAGACAUCCAGCAUAUGUGUAACUAGGUCAGACCUUUAAUCCUCAAAACACACAAAAUUUUGUACUAAAAAAACAUUUCUAAAUAAAUGCAACAGCUACUGUG